AGGCCACUGGGAAUUUUCCCGCUUCUGAAAAAAAAAAGCUGAAGCUCCGCUUUAUCCUUUCUUCGUCUAUCGAUUCAAAUAUACCAAUGGAAGGAGCUUGAAAUUUCUCUGUUUCACUUUAGCUUCCCUGUUCUGCGACUGAGUUUUGGUCUUGAAGCAAACAACAUGGCUAUCGGAGGCUUGAUUUCUAACAGGAACUUCAUCGGCUCAGGUCCGCUGCCAGUUGUGUCCUGCACCGAUAAGCUUCACUCAAUUGCACAACUUUGGCAUUUGGAAGGAUCACAUUUUGCUGAUUGGCAUACUUUUGUAGGUAAUAUUUAUCACAAAGAAAGAUCUGUUCGGCUUAAUGAGAGGAAAAGGCUAUCUAUCACCGGUUCAGAGUAUACCGUGAGAAAUAUGCUUAACCAGGAGUUCAGCACUCAAAUCUCAAAUGCACUGUGCAUUGGACGCCAACCUCAUCACCUCUCUCUGCGAGCUAGUUUAGGCCAUGAAUUGGUAGUCAGUAGAAGAGUUGGAAGUUUUCUCCAACCAAGAAUAAACCAUAGCGUUGGUUUUAAGAACAGUGUCAAGCAAUGCAGGAUAGCGAAGCUGAAUAGAUCUCGUGCUUACUACAAAUCAGAAGAGCACGAUAUCACGGAAACAAAUAUGGAAUCACUGCAGUCAGCUGAUGGAUCGGCAGAGGCUGUUUUGGUUGAAGGAAGUCUGCAGGAUGCGUCUCCUUGGUGGCAGCUAUUUCCCAAGCGUUGGGUGAUUGUAUUGUUAUGUUUCGCCUCGUUUCUUCUGUGCAAUAUGGACCGUGUAAACAUGAGCAUUGCAAUUCUUCCCAUGUCACAACAAUUUAACUGGAACAGUGCGACAGUUGGCUUAAUCCAGUCUUCUUUCUUCUGGGGGUAUCUGCUCACACAGAUUCUGGGAGGCAUAUGGGCAGAUAAGAUUGGCGGGAAGCUAGUUUUGGGUUUCGGUGUCGUGUGGUGGUCCAUUGCCACAGUUCUGACACCUAUUGCUGCUAGACUCGGUCUCCCAUUUUUGCUUACCAUGCGUGCGUUCAUGGGCAUUGGCGAGGGUGUUGCUAUGCCUGCUAUGAACAACAUGCUUUCUAAAUGGAUCCCUGUCUCAGAGAGAAGCAGAUCACUUGCUCUCGUGUACAGUGGCAUGUACCUCGGCUCUGUUACAGGAUUGGCGUUCUCUCCUGUACUAAUCCACAAGUUCGGAUGGCCAUCUGUUUUCUAUUCUUUCGGUUCCCUUGGAAGUAUAUGGUUUGCACUAUGGCUAAAAUAUGCAUAUAGCUCUCCUAAAGAUGACCCAAACCUAACUGAAGAAGAAAAGAAGGUCAUACUUGGUGGUAGCAAACCGCGGGAACCAGUUACGGUCAUUCCAUGGAAGCUUAUACUAUCCAAAGCCCCUGUCUGGGCUCUCAUAAUCUCCCACUUUUGUCAUAACUGGGGAACAUUCAUACUUCUUACAUGGAUGCCCACAUAUUACAAUCAGGUGUUGAAGUUCAACCUCACUGAAUCAGGGCUCUUUUGCGUCUUGCCAUGGUUAACAAUGGCUGUUUUUGCAAAUCUUGGAGGGUGGAUUGCUGAUACUCUCGUGAGCAAAGGUCUUUCCAUAACAGCAGUUCGCAAGAUAAUGCAAUCAAUCGGUUUUCUGGGCCCCGCCUUCUUCCUGACACAGCUAAGCCAUGUCAAAACUCCGGCAAUGGCUGUUCUGUGCAUGGCAUGCAGUCAGGGCUCUGAUGCGUUCUCUCAAUCGGGUCUCUAUUCGAAUCACCAAGACAUUGGGCCGCGCUAUGCAGGUGUACUGUUGGGACUGUCGAACACAGCAGGAGUGCUAGCUGGUGUGUUUGGCACCGCAGCUACUGGCUACAUUCUCCAACGAGGUACAUGGGACGAUGUGUUCAAAGUAGCAGUUGCACUGUACAUUGUCGGAACGUUGGUAUGGAACUUCUUUGCUACCGGAGAGAAGGUUUUCGACUAAGCCAACGGACAGUGCCCAUGGGCCAGUAAACUCACUUCUUAAGAAUGCCUCCCAAAACAAAAUCUAAACAAAAGCAACCCGAUUAGCAGCCGCAGUGCCAUUGGCAUUAAACAUAAGCACAUGGAAGGCUUAAAAGGAGAAAAAAAAAAUCUGCAAAAGGUUUGAGAAUGUUUUUCUCUCUUCUUCUCACCGUAAACUCUGUAUCUCUAUAUAUAUGCAUUUGCUUUAUGCUCCAAUACCUGAAUCCUCUCAUUCAUUGAUUGUGCGUCUGCAUCGGUAUGCAUCUACAUUAAAUA